AUGGCCAUUCCCAAGGCCCUACGACUUCAUGCAAUAGUGUGUGCUCUUGCUUCUGGAGGCCUAUUGGCUUUCCUCAGUGUCCUUGACUUCUUGGCCUUCUCUUCCUUUCUGGAACAUCGUAAAUUUGGUGUUGAGCACAUCAAAACUGCAACACAAAUUUUCUCAUUUGUGUCACAACUUGUUGUCACAGCUCUCCUUGCAUUGCUUUCAUAUGGAAUCCCAGCAAUUGCAGUCAAUGCUACAAUACAGCAAUGUCAGGCACUUCUUGUACUUCAUGACAAUGUUGAAGCCUGGCGAGGCCUUGGGUCAUCACUUUGUGCUGCCUGGCAGAGUAAAAACCACACCUUUCCUGUCCGCCUUCAAUUAUUUCGUGUUCUCUUGUUUUACAGCUCUAUCUUCAUGUUCCAAAUAGCCACACCCUCUUUAUUCUCAAUGAAGGUGGUAACCAUGAAAUGGGGGAUACCUGUAACUGUCAACUCCAUGCCAGGCAACAUCAUUUCUCCUUUGGGUUCCUCUAUCAAUGAGAUUCUGCCAUUUGGUGUGGUUGAUUAUCUAUACAAGCAGAUGGGAUACAUUGUUGUUGGAGACCUUGUUGGAAUUUUCCUCAGAAUUCUUUUUGGUACGAUGGAUCAAAAAUUGGAAGGUGUGGAGUUUGAAGAUCACACUGCUCUCAACUUGAGUGCAAGAUGUGGAAUCAUUCCUCGUGCUUCUGGUGAUUCUUUUAAUUUUUCCUACUAUCCAGUGCCAAUAGAAGAUUAUCCAGACUGUGGAACUAUAGUAUUCCAAGUGUAUCCCAAGUUUACUCAUCUUCCUGGUACUGCACUGCUCCAUAGUGAACCUGUGAACAUUGUGGGUUUGAUGAAUCGAACUUCAUCUGCACCACCCCAAUUCUGGAUUAAUGACACACUUUUAGUUUUGUAUCCCCAAGAUAAUUCAAUCAAUCAAACCAGUACUUUUGCAAUAGCACUUGUGACCACAAAGGAUUACACCUUGGGUGAUGGAAGGCAAGGCUCCCCUGUGCAUCUCACAAAAGAGGUCCAAGUUUAUACAUCUGUGACAACUGCUAAUUUGAGCAAGUCCAAUAUCACCUUGGAACCCAUCAACAUAACAUUCAAUAUAUGGCCAAUUGGAUGUGCAAUGUACACCCAAAAUCUAACAACACGUGUGUCAGGGUCUGACCACAAACUGCUGGAAAUCCUGGGUAAACAUGGAUACAACUCCCAACCAAAGUUCAUCAACAUGCCUUUUGAGCGCAAGUCAAAUCCAGUGAACCAGGUGGAAAAAUAUUUCGGCUACAUGCUGUACAAGGCCUACUACAUAGAAAGGCUCUAUACAAUACAUCAACGCCCCCUCCUGCUUCAAAUAAAUGGUUAUGCAGUGCUGAGGGUUAUGCAACCUCUGCUGCAGACUGCACUUUUGGCUCUCACCUCAACUUCAAUGAUCCCCCAGAACCAGUCUUUGAGCCUCUCAGGAUUGGAAGCCCAAUUCAGCUCAUAUUCUGCCCUCUUGUAUAGUCUUCAUAUUAUGUAUUGGCGAAGGGCACUGCUCCAUGAUCCUGGCAUGGUGGAUGGAGCUUGGUCACCUAUCUACUUCAAUACAACUGGAACACACCAGUCUGACCAAGCCAUUGCCCAAGUUGCCUAUUUCCCACUAAUCAUUGUCACUACACUCUCUGGGUGCAUUAUGUUUGUCUCUUUCUUCAUCAUCUGGGAUGCAUUCAUUGUGAUGGGAGCUGUGGUGGAGGAUACACAACAGCAGCAGAUGAUUCAUGAUGGCAGCCUUCUCAACAUGAUAUCUUUACUUGCUGGGUCUCAGUCCAGCACCAGUGCUGUGCCACAUUGCUGCUCUCAGCACAAGGGUCUCUUGGACUAUGACUAUAUAAACAAUACUAUUAUUAAGUAUUCAGAAGGAGGUCUCUCCCUCCAAUCUCAAUCCAUGUUUCCAUCAUUAGGAGCUGAAGCUACAUAUAAACCAUUUGAUCAAGUUUGGACUCAACCAAACUUGUCCAAUGCUGAGCAUCUUCGCUCCACUCGUGCAAGGAGUUUGUGGAUAUUAGGCAUGGGAGGGAUACUUGUGCUAAUUGCUUUCCAUGGCUGCCUCAUGGUUUUGUCCAGGGCUCAUGUUUUGGAUCAUUUUUAUUUCAAUAUCAGGCACUUGGGGCUGAUGAACCAAAUUCUACUGACAUAUGAGGAGGGAUUUGUGGUUAUGGUGUCUGGAUUAAUCAUUCUGUCUGUCUCAUCACUUGCCUGUGAUGUCUCACUGAGGGAAAGAGCAUUGCAUUACACUCUGAGGGCCUGGCGUCAAGGGCCCUGCUCCCUGGUGCUGGCUCCAACAUCAGUCCUUCAUCAACUCAAUCUAAUGUGUGUCGUUGGAUUCUUUUUCGGAAUCAUGAUCACACACAUUGCCACACCAACUAUUGUGACAACAGAAGCAUUCAAUGCUUCAAUCCCAACACAUUUUACAGUUGACCGAAUCCCAGGUCUCUGGAGUAAUCUAUCAUUCUCUUUGCAGCCCACCAAUGACAUAGUGGAUGUUCUUGAAGCCACUCCAUGUGUACUGGGCUACAGUGGAUUUGGUGUCAAUAAUAUUCUUGGCUGGAAUCAAACUAUCCUUUUUGGUACACUCACAUCACCAGAAUAUGAAGGGGGAACCUUCCAUGAUCCAUUUGCAACACAGUACAAUGUGUCAUGCAAUGUAAUUCCUCAAUCAGAAGAGAAUCCAUACACUGGUAAUUUGUGGCUUGUGGAUAAUGAUACCAGCCACUACUCCCUGUCCAUGAAUUUGACUACUUGUGUUAACCUGUACCCUGGUUCAAGCAUGGUGUAUACUCGGGGGCCCCAAGGCCUUGAUUUUUUGCUUGAACAACCAACAAGUCGAAAAGAGAAUGAGUCAUCUACCCCAGUCUUCCCUGUUCCAGAUCUUCUUGCCUUACUUGAGCCCUCUCAAUCUCAAUCUUCCCAUACUGGAGUAUUUUCCAUGGUUUUCAUCUCAGGGAGUCCACAUGCCCUUGUAGAGGGUGGAGCACCCCUGUGGGGCUCAUAUAGUCUAACCAUUCAGACACAAAUGUGGACAUAUGUUCAAAAUCAUAGCAUCCAUGCUCCAGGCACUUAUCAUUCCCCUCCAACAGCAUCAGAUGAACUAUACCACUAUAUCCAUGACACAAGAAAACUGGAACCAGUGAAUGCCACCAUGUACCUUUGGCCUAUCAUGUGUGCGCUCCACAUUCUCAAUGGUACAGCUGUGGUGACUUCAAAUAAGUUGGAGUCAUUCAUCCCAGUGGUGGCAGAAAUACCUGAACCACCACCAGGCUAUGCUCGAUCAGGAGAGCCAACUCACAUCAUUGAAAAGAAUUGGAACAGUCUAAUAUACCCAUUACUUGAUGUCCUCACAUAUCACUGGCUAGGUCUCCCCUUGUCAGAGGACCCAAUGUAUAUUGGAGCAUAUGCUGCCCAACAUGGAAUGUCCAAACUCAGUAAACAACUUAGUCUGUUCACUGCAGCAUAUGUAGCAAUGCUUGACCGAUAUUGGCAAAUGGAGUAUGAAAGUCAGGCUCCAAUUGACAGUCUUUCUUGGAAACCUCUUCGAGCCAUAGUUUAUGGUUCAAAACAAGUGCUAUCUGCACGUUUCACUAUCCACACCAUUCCGCUUUAUUUUGGCUGUCUUUCUGCACUCCUUAUUGGUGUGUCAUCUGCUGUCACAUUGCAGAACACUUUCAACAGGAAAGAUAUUAUGACCAAAGAAGCUGGGAUACUCCACAGCAUUCAGAUGCUUCAAUGGUCCUCUCUACCCCAUCUGCUCAACAAGCAUCAAUCAUUGCCAGAAUCAAGUGCAGAUGGAUGCAGAGUUGGCAGGGACAUCCUAUCGUUAGAUGUUCAGUAA